GGGCUGCAGACCUGUCGACUCCUUCGCCUUGCCCGGCCUCGCAGACACGGCUUUGGAGAUGCAGAGAAUUUACGUUACUAAACAAUUCAUGCAUAUAUGAAGUCCUACUUGUAGGUGAGCCUAGCAGUGCUAUCCUUAUGUGCAGUAUGGCACGGACAACUGCAGAUCAGGCAAUGGCGACACGUAAGUUGGUCGUAAAGGUCGUCGGUGCUCACGGCCUGGCACACAGCAAGAGGGGUUUACCCAGUGCAUUUGUUGUGCUUUCGUUCGAUUCUCAGCAAUUCCGCACGAGUGUCAAGGAGAAUGAUGAAAACCCGGUAUGGAACGACACCUUCUGCUUCAACGUGUUGGGUCGACCCAAGAUUCAUAAGCUAGUUCUUCAAGUUUGUGUGUAUGACACCAAUACGUCUGUUCAAGGCGAAAUGUCUUUGAUUGGCAAAGUCAAAGUAAAUGGGGCCUCAUUCCGGCCCUCUGACACAGGACCAUCAAAUUAUCCGCUGAGGCUUGGGAUGAUAUAUCGAAUGGCGGAAAUGGUGGGUCUGAUUGCGAGCAGAGGCAAAUUGGGUCUGAAUUUAUACAUCAAGGAUGAACGCUCCACCAGAGCUCAAGAACCCAAUAUUGCUAGCUUAUACUCACCGCCUAUGGCCUUGUAUGUGGAGGUCGUAAGUGCUCAUGUCCUCAAGCCCAUGGACAGGCAAGGCUCUGCAAGUACUUUUGUUGAGGUCACCUUUGAUUAUGUCCGGUUCCGCACGGCUAUCAAGGUCAGGGAUCGUUACCCGGUGUGGAACGAGUGGUUCUACUUCAAUGUAUGGGGCCCAUCUUCUCUUCGUAAUCUUGAUAUUAAAGCAUUCGUCUACCAUGUCCACAGUUCAUCCAAACGUUCCAAUACCUUACUUGGCAAGGUCAAAAUUUCUGGGACCAAAUGCAGGCAUCUCCACGGAGACAAGGCAACUUAUCCAUUGGAGAAGCCUACGGUGUUGUCGUACGUGCAAGGGGAUUUGAGUCUAAAAGUAUACACCAUUGAUAACCCUUCCAUGGGAAUUACAACCCCUGCUCCGCUCAUGGAUGGUGUAAUAUUGCACAACCAGAUUUCAAGACCACAUCAUUUUGCAUUACAAUAUUUGAAAAAAAUCACAAAUAACUUCUCCGAAGAGAGAAUAAUUGGCCGAGGUGGUUCUGGUGCGGUAUAUAAGGGUGUGGUUCAAAAUGGAGAUAUUAUUGCCGUGAAGAAGAUCUUGCCGUCAUUCAUGCCAGGCGAGCAGAAGCAAUUUGAGAACGAGAUCAGUCAUCUCACGAUGCUUGACCACUCCAAUAUAGUGCGGGUUGUAGGCUACUGCUAUGAAGUAAAGAAAGAACUUAUAGAAUACGAUGGGAGAAAUGUUUUUGCAGAUAUGGAGGAAAAGUUAGUUUGCUACGAGUAUCUACCCAAUGGAAGUCUUGAUAACUAUAUAUCAGAUGAAACUACUGGACUUGAUUGGAGCACACGCUAUAAUAUUAUCGAGGGGAUCUACAAGGGUUUAAUUUACCUUCACGUGCAAAAUGAUAAGCCUAUUAUUCACAUUGACCUUAAACCUGCGAACAUAUUGCUCGGCGAAGGUAUGAUACCAAAAAUUGCAGACUUCGGUCUGUCAAGACUGCAUGAUCAACAACAGUCAAUUUACACAACAUCCCGUCUUGGAACACGUGGUUACAUGGCACGGGAGUUCGUGGAUGAAGGAAAAAUUACACUACAGUUAGACAUAUUCAGUUUGGGUGUAAUAAUUUUGGAGGUAGUAACAGGACAUAGGCACUACCCAGACGUUAUUACAGAAACAUCUUCGGAUGAUUUUAUCAAGCUUGCGCUUGAGAAAUGGAGAAGUGUACAAAGGUCACCGGGGUAUGAAUCCGAAAAACCAGACUACGAACAAAUAAAGAGAUGCCUACAGGUCGGUAUGUUGUGUGUGAAUCAUGACCACGCCAAGAGACCACCGAUAACAAAGGUUAUCAAUAUGCUCCAAGGAACAGAAAUUAUUGACUCCAACAUCAGCAAUGAGGAAGCAGCGUAAUCGGCAGGCCAUGUAUAAAUGAUCACUUAACUGUUAUGCGUUGUUGAGUGUUUGUAUUGUCUAGCUCUUUUAUUCUCUCCAUGCUAGAGAUUGUGUUUUGACAUUUGCGCAUCUUGUAUCUAAGGAUCUUGCAUUCGUAUACACGAAAUAAUUAAAUAACAACUGCCGAGACCGGCAUCGACCUC